AUGGCUUCACCGGUUAUAAUAUGUGUUUUCGGAGUGGUCUUGUGUUUGCUUGGUUCGGCAGAAGCAGCAACCAACGACUCGGAAUGUCCUAUAAUUUUGGCGGCUCCAACGGGGACCACAGGACCCAAGGCGGUAUUGGAGAAGCACGAGUCUGCCCUACUCAUGUUGCUUGGGUUUGGAGGGUUCUCCAUCAUACUAGCAAUGUUACAUAACGCCGUACGUAAAUACAUCUUUCAUGACGAACACAACUUGGACACAACGUUUGACGCGGGUGGAAACGUCAGUAUGAGUUUGACGGCCGUCACGGUAGCGUCACAGCUGUUCUGGCCCGGAGAUAUCCUCCACAGCGCAACACUUACUACAAAGAAUGGAAUCGCCGGACCUUUCUGGUAUGCUGUUGGAAUCAUGAUCAACAUCUUCAUCUUCCCCAUCUUCUCAGUACAGUUUAAAACCCGGGCACCGGGAGCCAAGACCUAUCUACAGGUCAUCCAUGCUAGAUUUGGAAAAACUGCCCACAUCGUCUUCUGCUGUUUUGCCCUCCUAACAAACCUGGUCAUCAUGAUUGGCCUUUUAUUGGCUGGAAGAGCUACUAUCCAAUCACUGACCAAGUACGCGUCAGAUGAAUUCUGCUUGCUUGUCAUGGCAACCCUGUUUGGAUCCUACUCUUUGAUUGGUGGGAUAGGAACCACAUUCUACGUUUCCUAUUUCAACGCAUGUCUAGUGUUCACACUUUUAAUCGUGUUUGUUGUUAAAAUUCUUCACAGUGAGAGUGAAUUUGAGAAUAUCGGUGACGUCACUAAAAUGUAUAAAGUUAUAUCUUGUGUAAAAGGACCGAAAGAGAAUGCUGAGUAUAGUUUCCUUACUUUUCGGUCUGGAGUAGCGCUACUGUACGGCGUCAUUGAAGUGUUUGUAUCGUCUGCUGUGACAUACUGCGAUCAAGCGUCUUGGCAGAGCAGAAUCGCCGCCAAACCAGUACAAGGUGUGUGGGGUUUCCUUCUAGCCGGCUUUAUGUGGUUCUCCAUCCCCUCAACCAUGGCAACCACCACAGGCAUGGCCUAUAUUGCUCUCAGUGCUGAAAACGGCACACAUCUUCUCAACGCCGGUCAACUCGAUCAAGGUUUGGUGACGCCGUUGAUCGCUGAAAAGAUCCUUGGAUCUGCUGGCGGGAUUCUGAUCCUAACGAUGGGCGCCAUGGCUCUGAUGUCUACUGGAUCCGGGGAGGUGAUGGCUAUCUCCUCAAUCGUCGUAUACGACAUAUACCAGACCUACCUUAGGCCAUUCCGUAAAGGACUGAAGAGGACGCAUUGCGUGCUGUGUGGUCGAACCAAGAAGCAGACGAUAACAGCCACAUACGCUAACGACUCUGAGCGGGACCAGCUUUGUCAGUGUCGCAGCGUAAGUCGAUGUCACCAUUGCGUCGAGGACCUGCGCAGAGUGAACCGGAAGUCAACGUCGGGUAUACAACCCCCUUAUCAGUGCCCGAUCCAUGGUCGGUACCGCCAGUAUCAGGACUACCUAAUAGAGUUUAAGAACUGGUGUAUUAUUUGGGUGACUAUUUCAAUCAUACCUCUUGGACUUAUCAUAUUUGAAACCGGUAUAGAUCUCAACUGGAUAUUCUACUCGGGCGCCAUCCUCACUAUCCCAUGUUUCCCGCCCGUCAUGCUGUCUAUCCUAUGGGUUAAAGCGACUUCCAAAGGACUGGUUUCAGGAGGACUGGCUGGUCUCGUCCUGGGUGUGACGGCCACGCUGGCGGUCGCGUCUAUGUACGAGGGCGGACUCAACAACUUCCUUCUCAACACCGUACAAGACUAUACCAUUUUAGCUGGCACCUGUUGUAGCUUUGGAGCUAGUUUGAUUUGCUGCAUAGUCGUGUCUAUAUUCACCAAUCAAAUUAAAUCCAGUUCCGACGAGGAUGUGGAGUGGCAGAAGUUAUAUGACAUCGACAACCCUCUGAAUCCGUGGGAACUCAACUACCGAGAGGAGCUCAAAGGGCUCCACUACGACACCAAGCCCACGUUCGAACAAAUGUCGUCUACUUUUCGCAAGGCCAAGAUGACAGCGUAUAUAGGAGGGACGUGCAGCAUCGCUAUCGUCGCGUUUAUUAUACCUGGCAUCAUGGCAAGUUUCCCGAUGAUGGACGAGGCUCAGUUUGUGGUGUGGGUUGGGUUUACGCAGGCCUGGGCUGUCAUCAUGGCUCUUGUCGUCAUUAUUGCGCCGCCGGCAGAGGAGAUAACUCGUAUAGUGAAGCAGUACCGGGUGAACCAGGAGCGACAGAAGGACUACACAAACGGUUGUCUGGAAGAACAACCUAUGAGCGAGAUCACUGAUAAGACUCUGUUAGACGGGACCACGCCCGUAGCUAAGUUAUAAGAUUGUUCGCUAGUGCUAUAUGAGUAUGUGCUUACCAAUGAACAAGGGCACGAGCAAUAGUUCGCUAGACAUCGGCAUUGAAGAAAAUACAUUUCAUGCAAACAUCGAAUAAUGAUCAAUUAAAAAUCGGUUUAAUCUAUGUCGAAAUCUAGUCAAAAGCAACUGUUCACGACGAUAGCGUUUCUUCUACUCCGUAAUCACCUAUGCGUUAUCUGGAAAUCACUCUUUAUCUACGGUUAAAUAUCGUGGGAUUAUCAUGUAAGGAAAGCCAACGGACAUAUGUUGUUGUUAGUUAAGGGGAUGUAUUGGAAAUGAUUAUUAUGAAGACUAGACAUUAUUUUAUAAUAUGAACGUUGCUGUUAUGUCACUAUAAUAACAAGUGAAAAAAACACCUAAAUAUGACGCUCUUGUUCUAUAAACAAAAUAUGAACUGGAAUCCGUAUUUCUAAUAUGAUAAUAUUGAACGGUAUGACCAUUUCAGAUUAUAUUUUUAAACUGUUUUGAAAACGGCUUAGCGCCGCCAUUUUGAUAUUACUUCCAUCCUCUAGACUUUUGUCUCAAAUGGUUUCCUUCAGCAUCUAUCGUGACAUAAUGCCUUUCCAGUCCCUACAGCUCGUAUGACUCCGUACAUCAACAGAUUAUGCGUUUAAAGUAGUCAUGCUGUCUACUAUCCAAAUGUGAAUAAAAAUGACGUCACUCAGGACGUCUAUCAUCGCUAUUAAAUAGGGGAAAUGUGUAUACAUUUGUAAGGUAUGCUGUCCACUAAAAUGUGUUUUUUUUAAAUUAAUCAUCAUUUCAAUUUUUAUUUUGUUGUUUUUUCUUGUGUUUAAAUGUGUCAUUGAAGUUAACCCCUUCAUCUGUAUCGACUUCAUCAGUACUUAACCUGGUAAUUAUUUGUUAUCAUUUCUAAGUUUAGUUUUCGUUUGUUUGUUUUUUUUUUUUUUUAUUUAAUUUUAAAUCUGUGAGCCACAGGCUUUAUCCUUUCCGCUUUAUUGACUAAUUGUUGAUCAUAUUUCCCUUCUGCAGCAUUUGUUACCACAGUCCACUGCACAAAAACAUCCCUUUCAUGGUCAUGAUUGACCAUGAAAGAGGAUUUACUACAUAUUUCUCAACUCGAACAAAUAAAAAGCGAGUGAAAAAAACUUACUUUGUCAGACCCAAUACCCCACCUCUUCAUUGUAUUAUUUUUUAUUUUUUUUUUUUUUUAUUUUGUAAUAUUGACCUGUACGGGUAUUUCUUAGUACCAGGGACCCUUGGCUUAAUAUUAACAACACAGUCUGUCAUUUGGCAUCCUAAUGGACACAAGGAUAUAUCCAUAUGGGGGGAAUUUCUUGACCUACAGUAGUGAGGUAUGGUGAUCCAUCAAAGAUUUUUGAUAUACAAUUAUAAAACAAACAAAAAACGGAUUGAUAAAAAGCCAUCGCCUUCUUAAAAAAGUAGACGUUCAAUAUAUCAUUCUCAAUGUAAGGGACUGUCACCAUGUUGCCCCCUCCCUAUAAGGGAUUUUCACUAUGGUGUCAAAAAAAUCAAUAUAUCAUUCUUAAUCUUUUAAUCUAAAUGAUUGUCACCAUGGUCUCCUCUCCUCACCUUUUCCUUCCCAAACUGAAAGGUUGUCAAAAUGUUGUUCCUAACGUUCCCUCUCUGUAAAAUUGUUGUGAUGUAAGCUGUUGGUGAUUUCCAUUGACUUCUGAAGGCAUCAGUAGAUUGCUGCCCAGCUGUAAAAGAGAUUGAUAGUAAAGUAGAUGAUAAAGUGAUAGUUAUUUGGGGAAGUUACAAUUUUGCAUUUGUAUAUAAACACUAGUUCAAUGUCAUUCGUGGUAAUGAUAUGAAUAGCGCUUCAUUAACAUUAUUUUUACAUGACUUGGUAUCCGGAACAUUUACUGGCCACAAUGGAUAAAGUAAACUACCUCAACUCCAUUGGUAGCACCAUUUUCAACAUACAUUAUAGCAUGUAUGUGUGUUAGAAGUACUAGGAUUAUGAUCUCGAUUAGUUAUCUCACCAUGGAUUGCAAAGAUCGUCCGUGAAGCCAACCCCUCAAAUUUCGAGGAUGCCAUUUAUGAGGAUACGACAUGGAGCUAACUAAUUCAUCUCUGUUGUACAGGGAUAUGAAUAUUGUAUUCGAACGGCAAUAUUAUUAUUUGACUUGUAAAUUGUUCCACUAUGAUGUCAUUGUUUGAUUGUGUACUUAUACUUUCAAUGUUAUGUCGUAUAUCAUUCAGUCAUGUCUAUAAGAGCACUGUAAAAACACUUAUAACUCAAUUUGUUCUGCAAUUAAGCCUACCAAUAUUGUUAAGAUGGAUAUAUAAACACAUCCUUGUGAUUCCUUGAUGAUUAAAUCAGUCUCCGUCUGUGUUUCUGGAUGAUGCUCAGCCAGGACUGACCAAGCGUCACACAUUCUCUGUUACUUGGGUACGUUUGAGAGUGUCUUGUGUCCAUUAUGACAAUGUGAGCAUACUACUUUGUAUUAUGUAACCGAUAAAGACAAUUAACUAUACACUUUAAUAAUUAACUUUCGGUAUAAGAAAUGCCCUUAAUCGAUAGGAAUAUAUAAUGACGUCACCUUGAAUUAUGUCUUGUUCAUUACAUCACUAGUCACACGUCAGAGCGUAUUAUCGGCAUAGUGAAAUAUUUCCUCGAGUAACUGUAUACCGACAUCAAGGUGUAUAACUGUGUACCGAUAUCAUAGCUAUGUCACCAGUCACACAUCAAGGUGUAUAACUGUGUACCGAUAUCAUAGAUAUGUCACAAGUCACACAUCAAGGUGUAUAACUCUGUACCGAUAUCAUAGUUAUGUCACCAAUCACACAUCAAGGUGUAUAACUCUGUACCGAUAUCAUAGCUAUGUCACCAGUCACACAUCAAGGUGUAUAACUGUGUACCGAUACCAUAGUUAUGUCACCAGUCACACAUCAAGGUGUAUAACUGUGUACCGAUAUCAUAGCUAUGUCACCAGUCACACAUCAAGGUGUAUAACUGUGUACCGAUACCAUAGUUAUGUCACCAGUCACACAUCAAGGUGUAUAACUGUGUACCAAUACCAUAGCUAUGUCACCAGUCACACAUCAAGGUGUAUAACUGUGUACCGAUAUCAUAGUUAUGUCACCAGUCACACAUCAAGGUGUGUAACUGUGUACCCAUAUCAAAGUCAUGCCAACAGUCACAUAUCGCGACGUAUUAAUGUCGCAUAUUUUUUUAUAUUACGUUUUGAUGUGACGACAAAUUUUACAAAGUUUGAAUCUGUUACAAAGUUUGAAGUAAAAAUAUGUUAUAUUACAAAGUUUAAAGUAUAGACAAAUAAACCUUUAAGUAAACCUGUGGUUUAUUGAUAGUAUUGGAACAUUCAGCGUACAGGUGUAGAGCAACCUGGUUUUGAGAGUACCAGAGUACAGAGAUGUAAUAUAUUCUCUAUAAUCAGGUCUAUAACUUUUGAUUAAUCCAUAUCAAAUUUUGCCCCAAAUGCACGUGAUUCCCGCCUUUAUCUUGGUAUCCGACAUAUAUAUGGCGGAUGUCGUAAUCAUCACGUUCGUAUAUACCCACAUGAUGCAUUCAUUGUAUGUGAGGAUCCAUCAUCAACAUAAUCUGUGUGAAAUGUUACCCACUCAGCUGAUGAGUUGUAGACACACUUGUGUGGUACUAUCUGAUAUAUUGGAGGAUCGUUCCGAGGUACAGGUGUAUUUUCUCUGUUGUUUUGUGUCAGUAGCCUAGAAAUAGCCCGACUGGAAUAUACAUUUACCAGCACGGGCAUAAGAGGCCCCAUGGAUUUUGUAUCUCCGUAACAGUGUGUGUGAUGUAGACUAUAUAUAAUCAAGAAAUAUAUGUUGUGUAAGUAUCAAGUGUGCGUUAGUGCUUUGAUAGGAAAUGUAUUUCAAAACCGUCGCGUGGUGUUUGUAUAUUGGAAUAGAUUUAUUAAAUAAAAAUAAAAUCAUAA